AUGUCUCCGGCAGACCUCUAUGACGACGACGACCUGGCCGACCAGCAUGAUGGCUAUGAAGACGGAGAUGAAGAGCUCAGCCCCGAGGAUAGGGCAUCCAUGAGCAAGGGCACGGCUGAAGUACAAAAGGCCCUUGGAAACGUCGCCAGCAAGGUCACCGUCACCCAGAUACAAGAAGCGCUGUGGCAUUACUACUACGAUGUCGAAAAAUCCGUCGGCUACUUGAAAAGGACUUUCAUCACCCCUACGCCAAAACAGUCGGCAAAGAAAACCCCAGAGGCUUUCUCAGAGCCAAGUCCAGAUGACAUUGUGCUCGCGGCUCAGGCGAAAGCGGGAAAGAAGACUGCAGCGGCUCCGAAAGCUGUCAAGAAGACACCUGCCGAGGACGCCAAGAAGCAGACCGAACUGUCAAAUGGCGUCUCUGGCCUCAAGGUCAACGAUGCGCCCCCACCCAAAAGCAAGGGCCUCGAUGUCAUCAAGGAGUUUGAAAGUAGCCAAGUCAAGAAGAGCACGAGUUUUGUUGUUGUCGGCCACGUUGAUGCGGGGAAGAGCACGCUCAUGGGGCGCCUACUCUUGGAACUCAAAUUCAUCGAACAGCGAACCGUCGAUAAGUACCGGCGGCAGGCCGAAAAGGCUGGUAAGCAGUCCUUUGCUCUGGCUUGGGUGAUGGAUCAAGGAAGUGAGGAGCGGGACCGGGGGGUGACGAUUGACAUUGCGACCAACCAUUUUGAGACUCCGACGACAAAGUUUACGAUUCUGGAUGCCCCGGGACAUCGGGAUUUCGUUCCAAACAUGAUUGCCGGCGCCAGCCAGGCCGACCUGGCCAUUCUGGUUGUCGACGCCAAUACGGUCAACAAGCUCGACAUGGUCGGAUGGUCCAAAGAACGCUUUGACGAGAUCUCGGAGCAAGUCAGCGGGUUCCUGACGGGCCUCGGGUUUCAGGGCAAGCACGUCAGCUUCAUCCCCAUCUCGGGUCUGAACGGCGACAACAUUGCUGGCAAGAUUGGGAGUGCGGCCGCGUCAUGGUACAAGGGCUCCACUCUGAUGGAAGCCCUGGAAGCCACAGGACCAUCGUCGACGCGGGCACUGAGGAAAGCGUUUAGGAUGCCCAUUUCUGAGGUGUUUCGGUCCCAACAGGGGACGACGACGCUGGCCGGGCGUAUCGACUCGGGCACCGUUCAGGUUGGCGACAGCGUCAUAUUGCAGCCCAGCGGAGAAUCGGCAUACAUCAAAUCGAUCAUGGUGGACACGGACGCGCAGGACUGGGCUGUGGCGGGACAGAGCGUCAGCAUUGCGCUGAGCAACAUCGACCCAAUUCACAUACGAGUAGGCGAUAUUGUCUGCGACGCCAAGGACCCCAUCAAGUGCGGAGACACGUUCACGAUGAAGGCAAUGGCGUUUGACCACGUGAUGCCGAUGCCGGUGGACCUGCACCGAGGCCGGCUUCAUGCACCGGGUCAGAUUCAGUCAAUUUCGGCAAUUCUCGACAAGACGACGGGUGAGGUUAUCAAGAAGAAGCCCAAGGUGGUCCAGCCAGGGGGGGUCGCUCGGAUGCUGAUACGACUGAAUGGCAAAGUGGCCCUGGAAGCCGGGCACAGAGUGGUGAUACGGAGCGGAGGAGAGACGAUUGCGGCCGGCUUGCUCGAGUAG